GACACAGCGGGCCAGGAGCGGUACCGGACCAUCACCACGGCCUACUACCGCGGGGCCAUGGGCUUCAUCCUCAUGUACGACAUCACCAACGGGGAGUCCUUCAACGCUGUGCAGGACUGGUCAACUCAGAUCAAAACCUACUCUUGGGAUAACGCCCAGGUGAUCCUGGUGGGGAACAAGUGUGACAUGGAGGAUGAGCGUGUCGUCUCGGUGGAGAGGGGCCGGCGUUUGGGGGAACAGCUUGGGUUUGAGUUUUUUGAAACAAGCGCCAAGGACAACAUUAACGUCAAGCAGACCUUCGAGCGCCUGGUGGACGUCAUCUGUGACAAAAUGUCAGAGAGUCUAGACACUGAGCAGGCCGCCACCGCUGCGAAGCAGAGCGCGAGGCUCAAGGAGACGCCUCCCCCGCCGCAGCCCGGCUGUGGCUGCUAACCCCUCAAGGGCAGCGGGCCUGGCACCAGCCAGCAGCGUCCACGGAGGAAGGCCGGCAGCCGGCACUCACCGCCGCAGGGAGACGAGGGAGAGCUGUGUGUCCGUGGCUGUUCCACGCCUGAAUUCUUGGGCAACUCCCUGAGUGGAAAUGUGGCAAAUACGUGAUCUUCAAUCCAUGAGACUCUCCACCCACCCACAUCUGGUAUUUGCAUGUGAUUUGUUCUGUGUCUUCUAGGGUCUUUAUGUUUCAGAUUUCUUCUCAGACUGGGCUACU